UUAGCACUGACAGACGUUGAACCAAUCGAACCAGAGUGACAAUUUAGUCUGAGAAUGACAAUCAUGCAAUGACAUUUCUUCAUUGUCCAUUCAUUAGUUAUUUAGAUUGGAACGAAGCAGUACAAUAAUUAUAGUUUUUCAUUACUGUAGUAAUGAAGUGAUUCUUUCUUUAUUGUCAUUGGCAACCAAAGUAUGGCGUUGCCGUUACCCAUACCUCCGUGUGCUAAAAGGGAUGGUCUUAGUGGCUUAAGUUGUGAACAUUUCGAUUAUGCUAGCACUAUGGCUACAACUUUGCUGGCGCCAGUUAAGACUGAAAGACAAAUUCUUGAGCAUUCUAUGUCUGAAGAUGACCCUAAUGCUAAUACGCAGCUACCAAGUUUGGUGGAUAGACAGCCCCGCUGGGGUCCCCGGCACCGUGGAGCUCAGGAGUUAGCUGAACUAUAUAGUCCAGGCAAAAGACUACAAGAAUGGGUCUGUGUGGUGGUUUGUUGCACGUUGUGUGUCUGUGCUGGUGUUCUCAUGGCCAGACAUAUACAAGCGGAUGCCUCAUUAUUAUUAGCAGCAAUUUCUGGUGUUCUAACAGCAGAUUUUGCUUCAGGCGUAGUGCAUUGGGCUGCCGACACUUGGGGAGCAGUUGAUCUACCUAUUAUAGGCAAAAAUUUCUUACGCCCUUUUCGUGAACAUCACAUCGAUCCUACAUCAAUAACUCGUCAUGAUUUUAUCGAGACCAACGGUGAUAAUUUCGCUAUUACUAUACCGGUCUUAGCAAGAAUUGUAUGGCAACUUCUCACGUAUGACGAUGAAAAUAUUAAUGCCCAAUUUCACUGGAUUGCAUAUUGGUACUUAUGCUGUAUCUUUGUUGCCAUGACCAAUCAGAUACAUAAAUGGUCACAUACAUAUUUCGGACUGCCAAUGUGGGUAGUUUGGUUACAAGAAUGGCACAUAGUAUUGCCCCGUCGUCAUCAUCGCAUACAUCACGUAGCGCCGCACGAGACUUACUUUUGCAUUACCACGGGCUGGCUUAAUUGGCCUUUAGAAAUGCUCCAUUUCUGGUCUACACUAGAGAUUAUAAUCGAAGCAGUCACUGGUUGCAAACCCCGAGCUGACGAUAUGAAAUGGGCACAGAAGAGGUCCUAGAAUAAUACUAUAAUUAUAUUAUCAACCUAUGAAAGGUAUAAUUUUUUAUACACGUAAACACUCGUCCACAUCUACUGAAUCAAUUAAUAAUAAUAGGUUUAAUAUUUUGCUAUGGUGAAAGCGAUUACAUAUUAAUAUAAUUAUAAUAAUAAUAAGUUGCUUAUUUUUAAGAUUGCUAGAUAAUAGUAGAAUGUCGAAUCUGUCUUUAACGCCAAAAGCAAUAAAGUGGACAUGUCUGUAUGAUCAGUCUAUGUGGUGUUAUUACGGCCUGAGUGUAACUUGACAACGCAGUGCCUUAUUAUUACAGUCCGUUCGUAAGCAUAAAGUCAGAGCAGUAGGAAUUGAAUUCGCGCUCGUGGAAGAUACAGGUUCAGGAAAUAUUACAAACUUGACUCUAGAUUUUACUGACUCAUUACUUGGUCAUAGCUCUAACAAAUGAUAUUACCUAACACCUAUCAAAUAAGUCAGCAGUGGGUAGUACAAAACUCAAUUGCAUUUAGUUUAAAGGUACAAGUUGGAAGCGGGCGACAUGAGAUGUUGCUAGCUACCCACGGAGGUAAUUUCAUAGAAAUACAUUGAAACUAGUAGUGUCACUGCAACACGUCGUCCGCUGCUGCCACAUGUCGCCCUCCUCCAACUUAUACUUUAAAAAUUAUUUGUUUCAUUUGUAUAUAUGAAAAAAUUAUAUUUCAUUGCCGAAGGAAAUGAUCUGUGUCUGAAAAGAUCUGGAGGUAGUCUUGCAGUUGUAAUGGGUAAUAAAAACUACACAAUUGUCUGUGUGCCAAUGUCAUGUAAUCACCUCACUGACCUACCAGUAGUAACGAGAUGUUACUGAACAUUAAUUGUAAGCUGUACAUAAUACACAUAGUACUAAGUGUAGAUAAUUUUUAUGAUGACAUGGUUAGAGCUAUGAUCAGUUUUUUGGGAUGCCAAAAUAAACAAUUCUUUUUGUAAUAAAUAUCCAACUGUGGGCUAGUUUACUAGAUGUUAUAUUAACUAGUAGGUAUCUGAUUUUAACAAAUAGAUAUCACUAGUUUACAUUACCUACAUCUGUUGUCAGAAUUAUGGUAGCUGUCGUUGACUACCUAUUUACUUAUGUGAUGGUAUAUUAUUACUCAAUGUAUUAGUCGUUUUGUCUCAACUGGACUUGCGACAACUAGGUUGAGCCCAGUGACAAACAGUUUCUGUAUUUAGUGAUUUAACAACUUGUUUCAAGAUACCAAGUCCAAGUACAAUAAUGUCAACUACUGUAACGUAAACUACUAAAAUUUUGGAAAAUCGUUAUUUAUCAAGGACCACUCUUUCUUACUUAAUACUAAAGAAUGGUCACUAUUUUUAACUCAAUACAAAUUUGACAGUUGUGGACAUUGUAUUUUAUUUUAUCCAAGACUAACCAGAUGUCUCGAUACUCUUCUUACAAGCUUCUAUUUAACUUGCAAAGUAUGUGUGUGUGUUAAGUGGGAUCUUGUGAUUAAAUUUUGAAUUUUAUUUUAAUUUAUAUUAACUAUUAGUCAAUAGAUUAUUUUCAGAUGUAGUAAAAAUGAUUUGGACUGUUUAAAUUAAACUAUGCCUCCUUAAACUAUUCAUGUUGCAAAAUCUGAUUUCAAAAAGCACAAAAAAUAUUAAAGUCUGACUGCAAUGCUCAGACGCAUUGAAUGGUCACUUUUAAACCCUUAGCAUGUUUUCGAUACAAAAUCGUUACUAAGGAAUAGUUUAAGUAAUCAUUAAAUGUCUCUGAGUGCAGCAGUUAAACAAACAAACUUGAGCUGCACAAAAAUAUUUGAAGGUAGAUUUACAACAUACUAAACAUAAGUAAAUAAUUCCAACUCGUGACAUCAACAAUUAUGUAUGUAAAUCAAUGGCAACUGACAAAAAUUUUGAUUUCGUAAACUAGUGAUUCAAUAGUUAUAUAUGGUUAAGUAGGUAACCAUCAUUUACUAUACUCUCAACAAAUUUUAUUAUUAUGUAUUUUAAUUGAAAAAUAACGAAUUACCUCAGAAACUCAUAUUUGAACCAUUGAACGUACCUACUAACGCAUUUAUCUACUACCUACCUAGCCACACAUAGUAUAUAAAACUCAUUGCAAUAAUGAAAUUUGUUUUUGAAUUAGGUAAUAUGAUGAUAUUUAUAAUUUACAAGUGCAUACGAAAAACAUUACGGUAACUUAUUUGAUAAAAAUGUGCACACUGCACAAGUUCACGUGGUACCUAGCUUGAAUUUUGACAAUAUAUAGCUAUUUUGAUAUUAAUAAUAAAAUGAUGCCUAUUUUAAAUAUAAUAUUUAUAAUAUAUUAUGUAUACAUGCGAUAUGCAUGAUUAAAUAUUAAUAUUUUGCUGUCGACAUACAUUUUUACAAUACUAUUACAAAUUUUUAUUAUAACUUUCGUGAGACAUACAAAAUUAAUUAUGUUUUUCGGCUUACUCAUGUACCUAACUAUGUAUCGACUGUUGGAAUGUUAUCCUUUAGAAUGACUUGAAACACUCGACUUCCUCGUCAAACAGUUAACGUCGGUAAGCCGAAAAACAUUAACUGUCACAAAUUAUUAAUAUUAACCCUGGAAAAAUAAGAGUUUCACCUCGGAAUCGAACAGUCGUUUCGUUCGAAAUGUUUAUCUAACAACCUCAAACUUGUCUCAAAACCUAGGGCGUACGCUUCUAUAGAAAGGAGAUGACUAAAUGACUGACCCAGGCAUAACAUAUAUUUUUUCUAAUCUAUCAUAGAUUGUAUUAUUGUAAAUAUUUUUAUUUUCCAUUCCAUUCCAGCCAUCUCGGUAUGAGAGAUAGCUACAAAAAUUUUAAAAAAUAUAUAAUUUUAACAACCUGUAACUUAUCUCCAAACUUAUUUAUUGUAGGGUGUCUGUAAAUACCUACAGAAAUUGCGAAGUCAAAAAUAAAAAUGUGUAAAAAUAUAUAUACAUAAAAAUAAAACAAUAACGUGAAAUUUAGCAAAAAAUACUAAUUACCUAAUUAUAAUUUACAAACCUUAAUUGACGUGUUUUUAUAGCGACUAGAGGUUGACCUCCAAAUACCUCAACUAAUUAAGAAAUUGGUGUGCUGCGCCCUCUAUGCUGAAAAUUGUUCAAGAUAUUUAAAAAAUUAGACAAAAGUGUAGAAAAUUAUUUUUCUACAAUUUUAGGUUACACACACAUACAAAUACCAUAAAUCCCAAAAGAAUCGAAAUAUUUCCGUUAAAAAAUCAUAAACUCGUAUUUUUGUUCUAUGAUAGUGAAAUUUCUGUAGUCGCGGACCGGAUACCUUACGAUAUGAUAUGUUUUUAACCGAAUUUAAAAAACAGUAGGUUCUCAGUUUGACUUGUAUGUAUGUAUAUUUGUGCACGAUUAUCUCGUGUUUGACUGAAUCGAUCUUGAUGCGGUUUUUAGCAUGGUAUUUUUCAGAUUUGGGGGAACGUUUUAGGGACAUACUACGGUAAGUUGGUUUUGGGACAAGUAUUAAGUACGUGGUUAAAAUAUAGAUUUUUUUAUAUCGUAUAAGUCAUAAGAGAUCCUUGCCUUAAUCGCCCUUAUUUUUCCAGGCUAAUGGGUCUAUAAUUUCGGGCUAAACGAGUAAUGUAAGUAAUGUCAUGCAAUGCUUUAAUGUUUUAUUAAUAAUGAUGUAUUAUUUACACGAAUUACCUAAUAAAAUGUUACGUUAUAAUUAUUAUAAAUAAAACAUAGGUACCUUUA